AUGACUUUAAACCUUAAGCAUAUUAAAAGGUCUAGAGGGAAGUCUAAGAAGAAGAAGUUUACAUUCUAUGAAGGGGAAGACCUAUCAUGUUGCGUAGUUAGCUUUAUGCUAGCACUUGCUCUUACUAAUAACGCGUUCAAAAACAAAUUCAAAUCUCUACGGGAUAUCUACAAUCUAGUCGUCCCUCUAGACGCUAACCGCAUUACUCUUAAAUGGGACGACGAAUGGGCAGAACGACCUGUCUUCUACGACGUUAAGGUCACUGCUAAUGGAGUCUAUGCACUAACCCCUAAAGAACGCAGACAUAUUAUGGGCAAUAGUAGGGAUGUUUACAAGCGGUACUACAUGCUAGACUUCGUCGACAAAGACUGCUAA